AUGGACCUUUCGUGGAUACUCGGGCACGCCCGUGUUUCGUUUCAUCACUCCAAGAACACUAUAUCCCUCGCCUCAAAAUCUGGAAAGACGACCUUGUCCGACAUAUGCAAAGCCUCCACGCCCCCCUGCAAGCUGAAUCCUCUACUCUUCAAUGGCCAUCUUCAUACUGCCUGGACAGCCGUAAAGGCCGCUGGACCUCCCAUCAUGUACAAGCGUCAGAUCUUUGAGUCUGAUGACCCUCGAUUCGCAGGCACUUUUGCUGUAGACUUUGUAACCCACAAGCCGGCACCUACAGAAGACUCUAGCCUUCCUCCUCGUACAAACUACUUCACUGAGGAUGAGUUUUCGAACAUUGGCAGUGAUGACACCAAGCCUAUGUUGAUCACGCUGCAUGGAUUGAGUGGUGGAUCGCACGAGAUCUAUCUCCGGCAUGUGUUGGAGCCAUUGGUGGACCAGAGUGAGCAAGGCGACUGGGAGGCCAUUGUUGUCAAUAGCCGCGGCUGCGCUAUGAGCAAGAUCACUACCGGUAUCUUGUAUAAUGCAAGAGCCACUUGGGACUUGCGACAGACGGUCAAAUGGUGCAGAGAGAUGUACCCGAACCGUCCUCUGUACGCUAUUGGAUACUCCUUGGGUGCCAAUAUUCUCACAAACGUACGUAGAUUCAGUCAGUCUCUCAAUUUGAAGAUGUCCAUUCUAAUGUUUUUAUGUUCUCUAGNNUAUCUUGGUGAAGAAGGAGAUGCGUGCGAGCUGCAGGCGGCUGUAGUCUGUUCCAACCCCUGGAAACUUGAGGUUGCCAGUCUUGCCCUGCAGCGCACUUGGCUCGGUCUCAACGUCUAUUCCAAGACAAUGGGAACCAGCAUGAAGAAGCUUUUCGCACAACACGCGGAUCAAGUGGUCAAGAACGGUAAUAUUGACCCCGAGAGGGUUGCGAGGGUAACAUAUCUACACGAGUUCGACCGCGAGAUUCAGUGCCCGACUUGGGGAUAUCCGACAGAAUACGCAUAUUAUCGCGACGCAUCUUCGGCAGAUUCAGUGACUGCCAUUCGCAUUCCCACAUUCGCCAUCCAUGCUGAAGACGAUCCUAUCGCUGUGGACGAAGCUGUUCCUUAUGAGGAAAUCAAGCAAAAUCCGUAUGUUGUCAUGUGCUCAACCUCGACUGGUGGCCACUUGAGUUGGUUCGAGGUUGGUGGAACGAGAUGGUUCUCCAAGCCGGUAUGUUUUUUACUCCGUCACUCGAUUGAGUGCUGA